AUGCUCGUGCUCCAUAUGCUCCAUGUGCUCUGCAUGCUCGUCGUGCUAGGCGUUUCCAGAGCCACCCCCAUUCCCGCCAACCGGGUGCUUCAGGCGGCCGACGCAACUGCACCCACCGCCACAUUUCCCACCAUCAUUCCCACAUACACCCCCACCGCGCCUUUGUACAGACGAGAGCAGGAGAUCAAAAUCAUGUUCAACAACAAGCGCGAGCUCGAGCAGGCCCGCCAGGUGCAAGUGACCAAGACCAUCGGCGUCAGCGAAGCGACUGGCGGAGCCCGUGAGGGCGGAGCCGUCGAGUAUCAUUUGUUAUAG